GCAGAAUUAAUCUAGAGGAUUCCGUCUGUCACUCAUCUGUGGUCCUUGUUCUUAUGAGUCAUGGUGAGAAACGAGGCAUCUAUGGUACCGACUUGGAAGUUGUGACAAUUCGGGAGAUAAAGUCUAAGUUUUCUGGAAGACAAUGCCCAGCUCUCAUCGGAAAACCAAAGAUCUUCUUUAUCCAGGCAUGUCGAGGACACAUGCCCACGAAGAGUGCUCUUGACACUGAUGAUCCUAGAAGACCUUUGGCAAUCGAGUUGGUGGGUGAUCCCGACAUCGAUUCUUGUUCACUGGAUGUUGAUGGCGAUGUUCCAGAUAACGCUGAUAUAUAUGUGGCCUACGCCACUUCCGAAGGUUAUUUUUCAAUCCGUAAUCGAGUGGAUGGUUCCUGGUUCAUACAGAGCUUAUGUGAGGAGUUGAUUGCCCACGUACACAUUGAAGAUCUUGACACCAUCAUGAACAGGGUGACAAGGCGUGUUAUCGGCUUUACGCGCUCUGUAAUCGACGGCGAAGGAAAGAAGAAAAAGUGGUUACAAACUCCAGAUAUAUCCAAGCAAGGCAUCGGAAAGAAAAUUUACUUCAUGCCUAACUAUCCACCUCGAUCUGAUGCCGCAUGUAGCUUGACGCACCAAGCGGGUCCAUCAUCAGAAUCACAAGGCCAUUGUAACACAUAUAGCGAAUAAUUUUAGAUU